AUGAGGUCUCCUACAGGCGCUGCACCUUUGGCCAAGGGCCUCGCAUGGUGAGUUAUAUCGUAUCACCCUCUCGAUCCCUUUCAUCGAUAUUCGCAGUCCAGCUUGCAGAUUUAAGGUUGUUGAGCCGAUGGGAGCUGCGCUGCUGCUGGCUGCUUUCGCAGGCGAGUGCUCGCCGGAGAAUUCUAAUUCCCGAACUGAUCUGGUGCGACGUUCCAUUAUGCGACCUGCUUUGGUACACAGUGCUCGUUGCAAGACUCGGAAAACAAGGUGAGCGCCUGAUAAUCGCAUAUCUGGUCCUUUUGCACGGGCAAUGGCCUUGCAACGCUUUCGCAGAAUCGGGAACUGCCGGCUAACUCCUGAUCGGAUCCCGGCGCCUCGCGUCAAUUCAUUUCUCUCUUUCUCUAAUCAGAUGCGACGGCGAGAAGCCUGCGUGCGGUGCUUGCUUACGCUCGGCUCGCUUCAAGCAUCGACCAUUGGAUCAAGUCGUAUGCCACUAUAGUGAUCCUCUUGAUGACACCAAGCCCUCCAUUUCCCGUGCGUUCAUUCACUCUCAGCUUGUACUAGUCAGCUGUCGUCAUCGCUGGCGAGGAUCUCCGAUCGGCGCGCCCGGAAUGCGGAUCGGGGGCGGGCGAGUGAUGGAGUCCGCGCGCGCCGCGGCGCAUCGCUGCCGAACUUUUUUACUCAAGUUCGCGCUAGCCGGUCCCGGGAUCGGCGGCGUCUUGCUUAUGUGUGCCCGGUGA